AUGUCACGUGGUUUGUGUCAUUGUUGCCAGCAAAAUCUGUGCUUACAACAUUUUAAUGAAUACAAUAAAUUAUCCAUUUCUCAUCUAAAUCAAUUUAAUAAUGAAACGAAUAUACUUGACGAUCGUCUUAAAACAUUAAAUAUUUUUAAAAUAAUUGGUAAUAGUCGUCGAAAGCUCGAACAAUGGCGUGAAGAUUGUUAUACUAAGAUAGACUUAUUUUUCGAACAAAAAUGUCAAGAACUUGAUCGACUUGCUAAUGAAAAAGUUAAUCAACAAAGAGAAGAACUCAAUCGAAUACAAAUGAAGUUAACUGAACUCAACAAUGCACAAAAAACAACUCAUCAAGAUAUCGAUUUAUUGAUAUCAAAGAUGAGUCAGAUUAGAAGCAGUAUAAUGGAUUUAGAAGAAACAUGUUUCAAAAUCACUACUCAUCCAUUAAUACUAGAUGAUACGUUCAUUGAUAUUAAGAAAAUGAAUGAACAUGAGGUUAAUUUAUCGAGUCUUUCGCAUAUAUACAAAGCUAUUCAUCGUCCUGAAGGAGGUUUUCAAUCAUUAGCUUGUGACGGUCAACAUUUACUGAUACAUCAACAUCCAAAUUUAUGUUUAUUUGAUCGAGAUGCGAAUAUAGUCACACAAACUGUAUGGUCAUACGGUGAAAUUCGUGACAUGUGCUGGUCGGUAACCUUAGAUCAAUUUAUUGUUCUUGGAGCAAAUAGUAUCUUUUGCAUUAACGAAAAUACAAUGUCUAUACAAGAAGUAGAUACCAUUCGAGAACAAGAUUGGAUAUCAUGUACAUGUUCUGAGACAGUUCUUUUUGUUGCUACAAAUGAAUGUGCUUCAUCGAUUAUGGAAUACAUACUAUUUCCAGCAAUUGAAUUCGUUAGAGAACGAAAACAUCCUCUCGUAUGUAAAAAAGAUGAAUUUAUCGUUGGCGUUGUUUAUAAUAAUGCAAAUCUUGCUCUUAUGGUUAUGAAUAUGUUCAAGAAAUCCAUACACAUGGAACUGAGAAAUGCUAAGACAUUGGAACGCAUCUGGUUAUUUCAACCUGAUAUUGUUUGUACGCAAAAAAUAGCAUUCCGAUGUUGUUCGCUUACUUGUGAUCAAUGGCUCAUUGUCGACUAUGAAACCGGACGUCUUCUUCAGAUAGCAAAAGAUGGAAAAAUUAAGGAAACAAUGAAGUACUAUCCAUGUCCAUAUCGUGCUAUUCUUUUCGAUCAAAAUAAACUUGCACUGUCGACAAUGAACGGUGUACACCUUCAUACAAUUCAUUCGCACGAAUGA